AUCAGGCCCUGAAAGCUGCAGCCGCUCCUGUCUACUUCACCUAUCAAGGUAUCUUACCCUUCCCCGCGUUCUUUAUCACUGUCUUCCCCGGCGCACCUUACACUCCUAGGACAGCUGCUGUGUGGGGUUGUGGGACCCACAUGGCUCAAGACAUGGCAACUGAUGACAAUCCGAGCUUGGAUGACACAAUCAGGCACCGCCCGCUCAGUAUGGAGUCGAAGAAGCAAGCCAACGGCACUCGGUCGGCACACCUCCAACGCGCCGGAUCUCGGCGUCACAUAACUUGAGACUCGGUAGGCUUCGAGGACAUAUAUAUCGGGGACCGGUCUCUGUGAUACCAAUUCGCUCCUACGUAGUUCUUGGCCUUCCGCUCUCAUUUCCGCUGUUUGCUCUGUCCGUUUUCCGGGCAACGCUGUGAAACGCGGCUCUCGGUAACGCUAUUUCCUGGACUCGCCGAGGGCCAAGACACCACGCGGCAGUGCGACACCAUGGCUGCCGGCCUGACCCUCCAAUCAGCCAUCCGGGGCGAACCCGACUUGGUGGCAGUCAUUGUGCCCUCACGGCCUCAAGCACUGACCGUCACUUACAAAGAGCUCGUUGCUGAGGUUGCUUCGUUUCAGCAAAAGCUUGCCGCCAUCGGCAUCGCUCAGGGGUCGCCCGUGUCCAUCGCGACCGUCAACUCAUACGAGUUCAUUAUUUCGUUCUUGGCCGCAUCAUGGCAGCGCGGGAUCGCUGCCCCGCUCAACCCUGCUUACAAGCAGGAUGAGUUUGAGUUUUACAUCGAAGACGUCAAAUCGGCCAUCGUCCUCGUGCCCAGGGGCGCCUACCAGGCCGGCAGCCCGGCCGUGAAGGCUGCCCAGAAGUUCAACGCCGCCAUCGCCGAGUGCUACUGGGACGCCGCCAACAACGAGGUUGCCCUCGACGUCAAGAACCUCGGCCAGCUACAGGGCAAGCCCAAGCAGCCCGUCCUUAAGCCCGAGCCCGAGGACAUCGCCCUGGUCCUGCACACCAGCGGCACCACAUCCCGGCCCAAGGUCGUCCCGCUCUCCCACCGCAACCUCACUCGCACCAUGCACAACAUCCAACAGACGUACCAACUCACCCCGUCCGACCGCACCAUGCUGGUCAUGCCGCUCUUCCACGUCCACGGCCUCCUGUGCGGCCUCCUCGCCCCGCUCCUGUCGGGCGGAUCCAUGGUCGUGCCGCCCAAGUUCUCCGCCACCGACUUCUGGCGCGACUUCAUCGCCCACCGCGCAAACUGGUACACGGCCGUCCCCACGAUCCACCAGAUCCUCCUCAAGCACCCCGCCCCUUCUCCUUUGCCCGCCAUCCGCUUCAUCCGCUCCUGCUCUUCCCCCCUCUCCCCCACCGUCUUCCACCUCCUCGAGAAAACCUACAAGGCCCCCGUUCUCGAAGCCUACGCCAUGACCGAGGCGGCGCACCAGAUGACGUCCAACCCUCUACCCUCAGUCGGCAAGCGCAAGCCGGGCACCGUCGGUGUGGGCCAGGGCGUCGAGGUGGCCAUCCUUGACGAGGCCGGCCUGCCCGUCCCGCAGGGCCAGGACGGCGAGAUCUGCAUCAAGGGCGACAACGUGACGCGGGGUUACCUGAACAACCCCGAGGCGAACAAGGCCGCUUUUACUCGAGACGGCUGGUUCCGGACGGGCGAUCAGGGCAGGCUGGACGAGGAGGGGUACCUGGUGAUUACGGGACGGCUCAAGGAACUGAUCAACAAGGGCGGCGAGAAGAUCAGCCCCAUCGAGCUGGAUAAUGUGCUGGCGCGGCACCCGGCCGUGUCCGAGGCCGUGAGCUUUGCCAUCCCCGACGAUAUGUACGGCCAGGACGUGGGCGUCGCGGUGGUGCUCAGGAGCGGGAGCAAGUUGGCCGAGGAGGAGCUGAAGGGGUGGGUUACCGAGAAAUUGGCCAAGUUUAAGACCCCCAAGAAAGUGUACUUUACAGACGUCAUGCCCAAGACGGCAACGGGAAAGAUCCAGAGACGGAUCGUUGCCGAGACCAUGAUGAAGCAGGAAGGCCGGGCGAAGCUGUAGGCUUCGGAGCUGGCGUCAUCAAGGUUUUGUUGGGCUCGGAUCGGGGGGGGCUCUUGGACGAGUCUUGUACUUGAACAUUAGGGGUAUACUGCAAAUAUGACUCCUGAACUGGAUAGCUCGCAUUUGAGAGAAGAGAGAUGUUGGAUUACAAGCAAGGCGAACAUUCCGAACGCUUUUCCAUGCAGCUUUAGAUCAAGAAAUAGCAAGGCCCGCUGGACUCUCUCGGCUUCAGAAUUCGAUACCCAAGGACAAGCUGGCUGGCCUGCCCCCAACCAGACAAUCUGAAUUUGGGUUUAAAUUGGGAUAGCGGCAACGGGAGAGUGGUCGGGUCGACAGCAACCCCGUCCCUCCGGUGACACCGUCCUGAUUCCCCAGAGACUCACUACAAUG